CCAGAUUAUUAUGAGGCUGCGGAAUGACUGAUGAUGAUGCUGCUGCGCGGAUCAAACAACAAAACCUGACGCAUCGUUCUGAAAAGUGAAACCUGAUAGAAGGAUAUCUGAAGAAUGAGACUACAGUUUGUAGAUAAACAAUGGCAGCAGGGCCAGCGGAUGGUAAUCUAUGGGGCGGUCUUCCUCAUAAUGACCCUCCUCAUCCUCUACAGCUCCAACAGCUCAAACGAACUUUACAGCCCCUUUAGAGAGAAUGACUUCCACCACGCCAUCAAACAAACAAACCUCAAGAAGUGGGCUGGGAAAGAGGGAUACUUACCUGUUUACGGCAACAAGAGUAUGACCCUACACUGUCAUCGGUGUGCUUUGGUGACGAGCUCCAGUCACAUGUUGGGGACUCAUGCAGGAGAGGAGAUCGAUCGUACUGAGUGUGUCAUCCGAAUGAACGAUGCUCCAACAUCUGGAUACGAAUCAGACGUGGGGAACCGGACCAGUGUGCGCAUCGUGGCUCAUUCCAGUGUGUUCCGGGUCAUUCGGAAACCUGCAGAGUUCCUCAAUCGCUCAGAGAGCCCUGCCAUCAUAUUCUGGGGCCCGUCGUCAAAGAUCGGACGAGAUGCGAAGGGAACACUGUACCGGCUCAUCCAUCGAGUCAGUAUGACCUUCAGUAACCUCGCGUUUUUCGUCAUCUCUCCCAGCAAAAUGCUGAAGUUUGACACACUCUUUCAGAAAGAGACCGGCCAGGACAGAAAAAAGUCGCAGUCCUGGUUAAGCACAGGCUGGUUCACCAUGGUGAUCGCCAUAGAGAUGUGUGACAACAUAAAGGUUUAUGGAAUGGUGCCGCCCAAUCACUGCGGGAAACAUCCACAGCCCAAACGGAUCCCCUACCACUAUUACAAACCCAGGGGUCCGGACGAGUGCGUAACGUACCUGCAGAACGAGAGAGGGCGCCGUGGAUCACACCAUCGCUUCAUCACAGAAAAACAGGUGUUUGCUCGCUGGGCUAAAAUGUACAACAUCACUUACACCAACCCAACAUGGUGAGCAGCACAUCCAACAUGGACACCAGUUUCACAAACCAAGUCUAAUGAGAAAACAAUCCAGUUUAUGUUCUAGUUUCACAUAUCUAGCUGUUGGAUCCAACAUGUUGACCUCCCAAUCCAAAAUGGAUGUUGUUUCACACGCAUAGCCUGUUUUAAACUGUGUUGCUCGGAAACUGGUCCGGUUGUCUGGAUGAUAAGAGACUGAGACAAAAUGAAGGCCAUUCAGGGAUCCUGGAAUGGAUUAAUGGACCAGGACCAUCUGUUUUCCUUUGGAAUUCUUGAGAAAACAGGUGUGAAAAGAUGAUUUCACUCUAUCAAAGUUUUGUCUUAAGCAGAGCAUUUCCAAAAACAUCUACAUAUAACUGCCACGAAGCUCUUUUAUGCCUUCCCUUUCACUAUUUUUCACUCGUAAUCAGUCAUUUCACAGAGAAUGGAGGCCUUUUAGAUCGACAAAGAGAGAGUUGCCAAACGGUAGAUUCAUUUACAUCUUGUGGUGCAAUCAACUCAUUUGAAUGUUAGUCAAUGAGCUGGAGCAGACUUCAGAAUAGAAGAAUGGAAAUUUGAAGAAUUGUACAAUAUUUCGAGGAUGUUAUAUUUUGUAAAUAAGGACGACGUGAAUUGUUGUUCAAAGAAGUAUUUUUACAUGUUUAUAUGGUGUUAAAAUGCCUGUUAUAAGAAAAUAACACACAUUUUUAAAUGACUUCUUUUGUGUACAUUUUGGGUAGCUAUUAAAUGGAUAUUUCCUAAUAUUUCAAUAUGACUUUUCUCAGACCUUUAUGAAUUCAUUAAAGGAAUAUUCCAGGUUCAAUACAAGUUAAGCUCAAUCGAUGGCAUUUGAGGCAUAAUCGCCACAAAAAUAAUUGUCUAAAAAAAGAAGCAAAAAUCUAGGUUACAGUGAGGCACUUAUAAUGAAAGUGAAUGGGGGCCAAUCCUUAUAUGUUAAAAACUCACUAUUUCACAAGUAUAGCCACAAGACAUAAACAAUAUGUGUGAUUAUUUUAGUGCAAUAAAAUCACUAUUAAGUGAUUUUAAGUUAUUUCCAAUUUUAAAAGAAGACUUAGAAGCCUUUAUUUUGGUCACACAUUAUACAUACAUUUUUAUAUACAGUGAAAUGUAUUUGUUUUCACAUAUCCCAGCUAAGCUGGCAUCAGAGUGCAGGGUCAGCCAUGAUACGGUGCCCCUGGGGCAGAUUGGGUCAAGGGCCUUGCUCAAGGGCCCAACAGUGGCAUCUUGGCGGUGCUGGCACUUGAACCCCUGACCAUCUGGUCAGUAACCCAGAGCCUUAACCUCUGAGCCACCACUGCCCCAUUUUUUGCAUAUCCCAACUAAGCUGGAGUCAGCCAUAAUCACGGUACCCCUGGAGCAAACGGGGUCAAGGGCCUUGCUCAAGGGUCCAACAGUGGCAUCAUGGCAGUGUUGGGGCUUAAACCCCUGACCUUCUGGACAGUAACCCAGAGCCUUUACCACCAAGCUACCACUGCCCCUUAAAACUUUGUUGUCAUGACGACGUAAUAAGCUUCACAUUUCUGUCAUUAAACCCUCCAGAAAUUGUCAUU